AUGGGCAUCGGAAGCUACUUCAAGGCGGGCAAGAGCAAGGCCGCCGCGCCGCCGCCCUCGCCGCCUCCCGCUGCUCCCUCACGACCCGAGAGACCGGAGCGAUCCCAAAACACAGCAAUCAACGAGAAACCCUUCAAUGCCAACGACAUGGAGCUUCAAGCUCCCACGCCGCGCUACAGCUCCCGUCCCGGCUCGACUCGCUCCGGCCACUCUACGCCCUCAAACCAGAGCUCCUACAUGCUAGACGAAAUCAAGCAUGAGGUCAUGGUUAACUACCUCUACCAGCAGCAGUGCUCCCAACUCUGGGUCAGCGACGGCUCUGGGGAGAUUGAGGGUGUUCUCCUGCGUAAGUCGCGCGGACACUACAUGGCCUGCCCUCCUCAGCUCGUUCAUUCUCCGUUUGCGCAAGCUUGUUGCGCUCUCAAUGUUCAGUGCGCCAUGACAGUCAACUCGCGCGUCAUCAAGACCUUCCUGCAGUGGUCUCCUGAUGCCGUCGAUGUCCCACUCAUGAACGGUCUUCGCGUACAGAUUCUCCCCACCGUGGAGGAUCUGCCUCGCGCCCGCAAAUAUCAAUUCGCUGCCUUUGUCGCCUCCGAGGGCCUUCUGGUGGUUUGGGACGACGAUGCCCUGCAUCUAGUUCAGCGCGCCAAGGCCAUUGAGUCUGAGCUCAUGGAGCUCGUCUGGAAGGCCGGCAACAGCGACGAGGAGGAAGAUGAAAAGCGCGCUGGCGCUGUCGCCGAGGCUGAAAUUGACGAGGAGAGCGGCGAGGUCAAGCCUGAAACUCGCCCGGUCCAUCUCCAAAACACUAUUCUCGUCUCCCUAACUCUCAUUCUCGUCAUUGUCUCACUCGGUGCUGCUUGGCGACAGCUGGCAAUUGAGGUUUCCGUCGACAACUCUUACAUGCGUCUCGCCCUCGUCGCUCUCAUGCCCCUCCAGAUCUUCUUCACUCUCUUCUUCGCCCAGGUCAUCGUCGGUUGCUUGGCCCAAAUCUUCGGACCUAUUCGCCAGCUCACCAUCAACUCCAAGUUCUAUUCGGCCCGCCCUCCUCCUCGCCUGACCACGCCGAUCCUGCCGCACGUUACAAUUCAGUGCCCUGUCUACAAGGAGGGUCUUCAGGGUGUUAUUGUGCCCACUGUGAAGUCCAUCAAGCAAGCCAUGUCUACCUACGAACUUCAGGGUGGUUCUGCCAACAUGUUCAUCAACGACGAUGGUCUCCAGCUCCUUCCUGAGGAAGACCGCCGCGCGCGCAUCGAAUUCUACGCCGACAACAGCAUCGGCUGGGUUGCCCGUCCCAAGCACGGCGAGGACGGCUUCGUUCGCAAGGGCAAAUUCAAGAAGGCCUCCAACAUGAAUUACGCCCUUAUGAUUUCCUGCAAGGUGGAAGAGAAGCUUUUGCUCGUCAACCGCACCCCCGACUGGAGUCAGCACGAUGAGGCUAUCGCGUACGAGCAGGCCCUCAAGGAGGUUUUGGAAGAGAAUGGUCGCGCCUGGGCCGAUGGCAACAUUCGCGUCGGCGACUACAUUCUGCUGAUUGAUUCUGACACUCGUGUUCCCGCGGACUGCUUCCUGGACGCUGUGUCCGAGAUGGAGCAGGGCCCUGACGUUGGCAUCAUGCAAUUCUCUUCUGGUGUUAUGCAGGUUGUCCACACCUACUUCGAGAACGGCAUCACUUUCUUCACCAACCUGAUCUACUCUGCUAUUCGUUACACCGUCUCCAACGGUGAUGUCGCCCCCUUUGUCGGUCACAACGCCUUCCUCCGCUGGUCUGCCAUUCAGCAGGUGUCCUACCAGGACGAAGAUGGCUACGACAAGUUCUGGUCCGAGAGCCACGUGUCUGAGGAUUUCGACAUGUCCCUCCGUCUUCAGUGCAACGGUUACAUUAUCCGCCUCGCUGCCUGGGCCGGUGAAGGUUUCAAGGAAGGUGUCUCGCUGACCGUCUACGACGAGCUUGCUCGAUGGGAAAAGUAUGCCUACGGCUGUAAUGAGCUGCUCUUCCACCCUAUUCGCACCUGGCUCUGGCGUGGUCCUUUCACCCCUCUCUUCCGCACUUUCCUCUUCUCCAACAUUCGAUUCACGUCCAAGAUUACCGUCAUCUCCUACAUUGGCACGUACUACGCCAUCGGCGCCGCCUGGAUUAUGACGACGGUCAACUACUUCCUCAUGGGCUGGUUCAACGGCUACCUGGACAAGUACUACGUCGACUCGUGGCAGGUCUGGUUCGCCAUCAUCAUUGUCUUUAACGGCCUCGGCAACAUCUCGCUCGCUAUUAUGCGCUACCGCAUCGGCGAGCGCAGCCUGCUGUACGCCAUCUACGAGAACUUCAAGUGGACGCUCAUGCUCGCCAUCUUCCUUGGUGGUCUGUCGCUGCACGUCAGCCAGGCGCUCCUCGCUCACAUGUUUGAGAUUGACAUGACCUGGGGCUCGACCUCCAAGGAAGCCGAGUUUUCCAACUUCUUCAUCGAGGUUCCCAAGGUGCUCAAGAGCUUCAAGUUCUCAAUCAUCUUUGCCCUCGUCGCCAUCGCCGGCAUGAUCAUCCUUGCCGUCGCUCCGUUUGUGCCCCAUGACUGGCGCAUCACUGACUUUGUCGCCAUCCUACCCAUGUCGACCGUCGCGGCCAGCCACUUCCUGCUACCUUUUGCCCUGAACCCAGCCCUCAUGACCUUUUCCUGGUAA